CUCUCCUGUAAGAAGUUACAUUUCGUACGACGUAAACAGAAUCUGUCAAAAUAAUUAUCUUACAAAAGUGGAAAAUCUGAAAUUAGACAAACUGAGGCUGUGAAUAAUGAAUCUGAACAGGCCAGGAAGGCUAUGUUGCAAUUGGCUGUUGACAUUUGUGUUGAUGUUUGUAACAACAGAAGUAACAGAAGGCUGCAGUAAUCUGACACACCACUGUCUUAAUCGUACAGUGAGGACAUAUGAUUUUCUCGCAAUGAAUGGGUCUAUAAUUACGAGACUCCCUGGAAAGAACUAUUACACCAGUGGUAUGGAAUGCGAGUGGUAUUUAGAUGCUGGGGCAAAUGGAAGAGUGAAACUGACAUUUGUCAAAGUGGAUCUACGACCUGAGAAUCAUGAUGAAAAAUGCAGUGAACAAGACCAUCUCAAGAUUAAAAAUAGUCUAGGUCGAUAUACCAGACAGGUUUGUCCAGGUGUUCAUGCAGAACAGUUUAUUAGUAUCGGGCGAGGGACUUACGUCACUUUCCAGUCAGAUAAAAGAGAGCAAGGGUUUCAUCACAAAGGGAUUGAAAUAAGAUAUGAAAUGUUUGAACCAGGAAAGCGGAAAUGUCCCCCAGGCUGGGUGUGUGGACCAGAAAAUCAUGAUGGAACCUGCAGCUGUUACUAUGUAAUGAGUGGACCAAGCAGCAUGGUUGAUUUUCAGACUGCCCAGAAGUUCUGUGGUUUCAGUAAUGCAAAUCUUGUGAAGAUCGACUCUGCACGCAUGCAUAGAUUUAUACAAGGAUUGGUCCUGAAGUAUUCAAAUGUUGCUUACUUUUGGAUCGGCUUGAAUGACAUAGAAAAAGAAGGAACAUUUGAUUGGAUAGACCGUAGUUCGUUGUUUUUCGGUAAUGGAGGAAAAGAUAACAGUUUAACAAAAAACUGUGUUAUCCAGGAACGGUUUACAGGAUCUUGGAUUACCGUGUCAUGUAAUGAACACCACCUCUACAUUUGUGAGAUUUUCUCCAGUACGGUAUAA